CCACCAGCAAAGGGAAGAUGGCGGCGGUCGAACAGCGCCUUCCCCACGGGCUGCUUUCCCCGCCCCUCGGGAAGUCCAGCCUCUCCCUUACCCUACACCUCGCACGCCAGGGCAGGUUCCAAGCUGUUGAGAUCUCAGGAGGAAAGCUGUCCUCAAGUAAGGAUGAGAAGAGUGAAGAACUGUCAGCUCUGAUGCAGCGGCUACGGACGAAGAGCGCCCAGAUCAAGUCAUGGUCCGACACCAGCAAACUGGUCCGCAGUGCCAUGGUCUGGACCAGCUUAAACGACAAGAGGGCUGUAGACAACAUGGACCACUCCCGGCUGAGAAAGUGCAUCAACGCCCUACAGAAGGCACUUAAAGUAACAACCCUGCCAUCCAUGGUGGAAAGGCUGGACUCUGUUGCAAGACAAGUUGGCUUGGGCUUUAAGGUCAGCUCGAGCGGGCACGAAUGUUGCAUCAGUGCAGAGCUGUUUUACGUGGAGAUCAGACUGGACACGAGCGGGCGCGUACAGGACGUCAGGGUGGCCCACCACGGCUCCGAGGCACAGAGCUGUCCCGAGAUGCUCAGAGUUCUCAGGAACGGAGACUUUAAGGAGUUUGUGGGCCACUUAAAGGGGCUGCUGAACAUCUACAGAAUACCUGGAGACAGUAAAAUAAAGAUGAGGACAUACCAGACACUGCUGUGUAUGGAGAGUGAUUUAACCAAGAUGGCCGACGCCUACAAUGAAGCAUUCCAUGAGGAGGGUGUAGGGGAGACAGACAGCAGGAUGUUGGGAGGAAGGGGUGACCCCAUGACCCAGAUACAGAAAGGCAUUGUGGGAUAUGUUAUCCCAAGACAAGGAGGUCACCCUAUGCAGCUGAAGUGCUUUAUUUCCCCCUACGACAUGUUGAAUGUAGAGGGAGACAAGAGCGAAACUAUCCGUGACCAUGUUCCUCGAGAUGUUGGUCAGUCGCUGAAUGUCGCCUUGGAGGGUUCGACGUCGCACAAGCUACAGACUCAGCCGCUGUUCGCAGGGAUCAACCCACCCCAACAUGACAGCAAGGGGUCAGUAGGGACUCCAGCCUUUGCAGGAAUCAACAACAACAACAUGAUGCUGUUGCCAGCCUGUUUCUCCCUGGUGCCCCCCUCCCCCAUCCCACUGUCUCUCUCAACCAUCAAGAGGAUCCACUCUGCUACAGGUAUAUUGUGUGGAGAUGAGAGCAAGGCAGUGCCAAUGAACCGACUGGUCACACAGAACGUCAUGGAAGCCAAGGGGAUCGCUGACAUGGACAACAACAACGGCCGCAACAAACUCUUUCAUGUGACCCUGCCUGACCAGCACCACUGUUACUACAUUAACGACUCCCCUGAUCUGAGGGGAGUUCUGGUGAGUAAGAUCCCCUUCACUCACCCGGCCUGCGUGCCAAGAGUCCUGGAGGCCCUCCGACAACAGACUGUGUACAACACCCUCAUCACCAGCUGUGUCAGGAAGGGCUGUGAGGAAGCCAAGGAGAAUGCCCAGCUGUUUGAAGUGAAUACUACAUCACCCACGGGAAUCUCUGUCACCUUCGAGCACCCUGUACAGGAGAGCAUGGCCUGCUUGGAAAUCGACCUUGCUGACCCCAACCAUGUGAAGUGCAAAGUUCACAUCCCUGCUGGCGACGCCCCAGUCUGCACAGAUGAGUAUGCCACCAUGGUCAUGAACAGAUGCUUGUCCAUACCUGUGCUGAUGCGUGCCAUCGCCCGCCAUGCCGUGGCCCACCACAAGGAGAUGCAGCGUCAGAUCAACACCACAUCCCCCGGCAUCCUGUCCUCACUGUCCAAGGCAACGGAAGGGAUCGUCAUGUCUCACGGAUUCUCCGACUUUGCAGCGGUUACAUCUUCUGGACUUAAGAUAGCGGCAGUGAAGGAUGGCAGUGAGCAAAAGUUGUCCAACGCCAACCUGAACUUACUGGGAGUAACGUCUCCCGGUGGGGGAGGGGGGAAGGCGGGAGGAACGUUGCUAAUGCAUCUCAAUGGUGUCGACCCUUCUCAAGGCAAUGAUUUCGGUGGAGCGGCUGCGCAGUACAGACAGGCGUCAGUCUCACCUUUCACCCUCGCGUCCACGACAACGGGAAGAGGCGGGCAGGCCGAACUGCAGUUCACGGACACGGACGCCACGAAAGUAUCGGAAAACCCCAUGCUGGCCAGCUUGCUGAAGGGGAGCAUUCAAGGGCCCCCUCACUCCAAGAGCCAUCCGAUGCUGAUGAACUUGUUGAAGGAGCCGGUGGGGGUACCCCCCCAGCCAGGGCAGAUGUCCCCCCGCGGGACAGAACCCCCUCCUCCGACCAAACAACGCAAAAGGAAACGGAAGUCCACAACGGACAACAGGUCGCCCAAACGACAGCAGAGUGAGGAGGAAUUCACAAAGGAGCUGAACGCCAUGGACUUUGAUAGCAACAUUCCGUACGACGCCACCCUACAGCCCGACCACCUCACCCCCACCACCCCACACCCUUCUACCCCCACUGUGCAGUCCCCGGCCAGGGCCUUCCCACCUCCACCCUCACAUUCCAUGCAGCUCAAGCCUUCUCUCGAUCCUUCAGGGAGGGGGGAGGCAGUGAAAGACUUCACCCAGGACUCGGAAGUCUCAGCGAUGCUGAAUGACAUUGCUGAGCAGAGCGAGAGGCUGAAAAGGCAAGGCAGUCGAGACGCUGUAAACUCCCGUCUAGGCCCUGAAAACUUGCCACCUCUGGAUGCUACAGGCUUUAUAAGAGCAGACGGCUCGAUGGAGGACCUUACAGCUGCAGGUGCUGUAGCUCAAGGGAGUGACCUCCAAGCCUCAUUCGACCCUGCUGAUUUUGUAGGUGGCGAGUCGACACCAGGGACCGAUCAUCUCGACACAGACUAUACCUUUCCAACAGAGCCCAUUGAAUUUAACACAGAGGUGUUAAACACCACGGAUACCAGUUUUGUGGACAGUCUCAUCGAGGAAAGUUCAGAAGGAAACGUGUCCAUGGAUGUUGAGAGCUGCGACGCCAACGCAUUCGGACUGGCACUGAAUCCAUCCUCCGUUGCCUCCAAAAUCACCACUCCCGGUGCGGGCAGUUCGGACGUGUCAGGAAAGUCGCAGGCAGCGGCAGAAGUGGGUAACGAAGCGGUGGGAAGUGUGACCUCCAACGUGGGAGCCGCGCUUUCCGCCAGUUCUUUUGACCAGGGUCCUUACUCCAGCAGUGACUUGCAGGGACUUGACUUGUCCAUGACGGCAGCAUCCACCCCAGAGGUCCUGGACCUCUCCACAGGACACCACACCCCGUUGGACCAGCAGACCGAACCCACCGACCUCUCCACCAGUCAGAAGUCUUCUUCCUCCACAUCCCUGCAGCAGCUCGAGCCAACAGAUCUCUCCACCAGUCUCAAACUCCCAUCCGUGAACCCCCCCAUCUUCAACAGCUGCGAGUGCAGCAUCCGUCCCCAGCUCUUCUGGUGCGACGUCCUCAGCCAGUAUCACCCAGCAGUCCACAGGGAGUCUUAAGAUCACCGUUAGUCUGGGGAACAACACGGCCAGCAUCAAGAGCGGGAAGUCUGACAGUGAGGGCAGUCGCAGUGACGGCUCCACCAAGCCCACCAAGAGGAGAAGCUCCAGCAGAAGCUCUGCAGAUGGCAGCAAUGGAGCUGAAGGUGGCAGCAAGAGAAGUCGAGCCGGCGACAAGAAGGACAAAGGGAGCAAAAGAAGGAGGUCGGAAGCAGGGGUGUCCCCCCCACGAGCAGCCGGUGUCGGCCCCAAUGGUUCCCGCACC